UGACGGGCGCGCAUCUUCAUGGUCGCGGGCGCAUCAAGUGACGGCAGAAUGGCAGGAUCGUCUCAUGCAUAGGCAAAUCAUGUAUGACGCGGUGCGGCCACGACAUGUUUGAUAGGGCAGGGGCCGAGCUCAAGCAGACCAGAACAUUCCCCGCCGCCGUCUUUUGACUCUGCUCUCUUCUUACCUCGUCUCGUUGAGAACCCUACUAUCUACAUCGCCGAAAACAGCCGUCAACAUGCCUAUCGACUACAGCAAAUGGGACAACCUCGAGCUCAGCGACGACUCGGACGUCGAGGUCCACCCCAAUGUCGAUAAGCGCUCCUUCAUCCGCGCGAAGCAGAACCAGAUCCACAUGGAACGCGCCCAGCGGAAGCACCAGAUUACAACGCUGAAGUACGAGCGCAUCAUCAACGAUGGCCUUAUGAAGCGCAUUGAUGACCUUCUUACCGCCCUCAAGUCGCAUAAGGACUCUUCUACCUCUGACAAUGCCGACCAGCUUGUUUUCCAGUCGAUGAUGGAGUCUGGAGGAGAUCCCUCCGAAGACCAACCACCGCCGCCGCCCGAGGGCGUCCACACUCACGUCAAGGACAAGCCUACAUUCUCGCGCAUGAUGGCAGCGCUGGUCGAUUCUGUCAAGAAGACCGUCGACGAGAAGAAGGCGGACAAUCGGUACGAUACGUGGAUUGCGGAAAUUGCCGCAGAGAAGAAGAAGGUUUCGGACUUGCAGGGCGAGCUUCUGAAGAAGCUGGACGAGCUGGAGAAGGAGGAGAAGAAGCACAUCACCAGCGAGGACAUCCACACGGGCUUUGACUACUCGAACGUCAAGAAAGCUGCCGACCAGCCCGCGGCCUCAUCUUCGAAGUCUGCCGAGUCUGUCGAACUCCUGAACCCUGGAAGACCGAACCCACCGGGCCGCGCUGAUACUGGCCAAUCCUCCGGUGCUGAAGGUGAUAUCGAGGAGGGAGCGAAUGCGGAUGACGAAGACAAUAUCCAGGCAAGCAAGCACGGCAAGCAGUUUGCUCAGAUCCCUGUCGGCGACUACCGCACUUGCCUGCAGUUUAUCUCUGAGCACCCCCAGAUCCUGACUGAGAAGGAAACGGAUGGAUUAUUGGUGGAGGCUUUUGACGCCGAACUGGAGCAAAACAGCAAAUACGCGAACCAGUGCGUGCACCAGGCUUUGCUCUUGCAAUACUGCAGACAGCUGGGCCGCGAUGGAGUGGGUCUGUUCUUCAAACGCAUCACCACAAAGGAUCACCAGGCCCAGAAGCUCUUCACGGAUGACGUCAAAUCGACCUACGCACGCAUCCGCACGCGCGCUGCUGAGAUUAGAGAGGAACGGAAGAAUAACCCGGAGUCUGCUGAAGGCGUUGAGCAGAUCCAGUUGCACGCUGUUGAUCCGAACACUACCAUUAACAUCUCGGUUCCGGCGGUCGUUGACGAGUCGGUCCCCGAGACGAACACGGACGAGAACAAGCAGGCUCGCGCAAUUUUCGAGUCCUUCCCUCCGGGGUUGCAGCGGGCUCUCGAGAGCGGCAGCCUCGACGAGGUCAACAAGGUCCUUGCGAAGAUGAGCGUGGACGAGGCGGAGCUGGUGGUAGAGCAACUGGGCAACGGCGGAAUGCUGAGUUUGGAGGAGGGCGUCAUCGAUGCGACGACCGAGGAGGGUCAGGCAAAGAUGAAGGAGAUUGAAGCGUCGGGGCGCAUGCCAGGAGACGUAGACACGUCCAACCUCGCAGCUGACCCUGAGUAGUGUGAAUGUUUUGUAGCACGAUUAAUCGAUGUCGGUGGUCUUGG